AAUUAUUCAAUUAAUUGGGUGUAUCUCUUCGAUUCAAGAAGAAAUAUAUUCUUCUUUUUUUAACUACAAAAAAAAUCUAGAAUUAAUAAUAAAAAAAUGUUUUCGAAAACAGUAAUUACUUAUACACCUGGUUUGGGUAAAAAAGUUGGUGACGUCUUUCGUAAUAUUAGUUCGACGGCAGUGAAUCACUUAAAUUCACAACAAGUUUUCGAACGUGAAGAAAAAUAUUGCGCACAUAAUUACCAUCCUUUACCGGUUGCCAUUUGUAAAGGAGAAGGUGUACAUGUUUGGGAUGUAGACGGUAAAAAAUACUUAGAUUUCCUUUCUGGAUAUGUGUGCUUGAAUCAAGGACACUGUCAUCCAAAAAUUGUUGCAGCCUUACGUGAACAAGCUGGAAUUCUUACACAUACAUCACGAGCAUUUUUCUCAGACACAUUGGGUGAAUAUGCUGAAUACUUAACAAAAUUAUUAGGUUUCGAUAAAAUGUUACCCAUGAAUACUGGUGUCGAAGCUGAUGAUACCGCUUUGAAACUAGCACGUAAAUGGGGUUAUUACAAAAAGAAAAUCCCAGCAGAUCAAGCUAAAGUGAUUUUUGCUGCUGGUAAUUUCUGGGGUCGAUCAUUAGCCGCUGUAUCUGCAUCAACAGAUCCAACAAGUUAUGGUGGAUACGGUCCAAAAAUGCCUGGAUUCCAUAAUAUUCCAUAUAAUGAUCUGAAAGCACUUGAAGAAGCUAUUAAAGAUCCAAAUGUGUGCGCUUUUAUGGUUGAACCAAUUCAAGGUGAAGCUGGAGUCGUUGUUCCACAUGACGGUUAUUUAAGAGGUGUUCGUGAAUUAUGUACCAAAUAUAAUGUUUUAUGGAUUGACGAUGAAGUCCAAACUGGUUUAGGACGUACCGGAAAACGAUUAUGUGUAGAUCAUGAAAAUGUUAAACCUGAUAUUCUUGUAUUAGGAAAAGCAUUAUCCGGUGGAGUUUAUCCAAUUUCAGCUGCUUUAGCUAAUGAUGAUAUCAUGUUGGUAAUUGAACCAGGUACUCAUGGUUCUACAUUCGGUGGAAAUCCAUUAGCAGCUAAAGUUGCUUUGGCAGCCGUUAAGGUAAUUGAAGAAGAGAAAUUAGCUGAUAAUGCAGCUAAAAUGGGUGAAAUAUUCCGACGUGAAUUAAGCAAGUUACCAAAGAGUAUUGUUUCUGAGGUUCGUGGAAAGGGAUUGAUCAACGCUAUAGAAAUUAACAAAGGUAAACAAUUCAACGCUUGGGACAUUUGCAUUAAAAUGAGAGACAAUGGCUUAAUUACAAAACCAACACAUGAUCAAAAUAUCCGAUUUGCUCCACCAUUAACAAUUAACGAACAACAAUUAACACAAGGUCUUGAAAUCAUCGAAAAAUCAAUUAAAUCUUUUAUUAAAUAAAUAUAAAGUAUUUUUUUAAA